AUGGCCGCCCAGUCCACUCUCCGUCGCCCGGAGGACCCCCCUCUGGCUACGAUCGCCCUACUACUCUCCAUCAUCGGCUCCGCAUAUGGUGGAUACAACUGGUACCGAGAGGGCGCGAAGGAACGAGCCCAAGGCCGCCGGUUACUACGUCGAAACUCUGGCAUCCGUGGCAAGGAUGGCUCGCGGACCAUCUAUGUGCCAUAUAAGGGUUCCCGGACAUCCAAGGUUCUGAUCCACCCGACCAAGCCGACCACCUUCGAUGCCCAUCGGCGACUCUUUCUCAAUCCGCCCGCCUCCGCACGCACCGGAGAGGAGGGGUCGGUCAAUCAAAUCCCUCCACCCACGACAAAGCCCGGAUUAAACCUGGCCUUCUUGCACCAGUUCCUCAGUCUUGGGAGUAUCAUGGUCCCUCGAUGGGGAAGCAAGGAGACUGGUUUGCUCAUGAGCCAUGGCCUUUUCCUUUUAUUCCGAACAUACCUAUCACUCUUGAUCGCACGGCUCGAUGGCGAGAUCGUUCGAGAUCUAGUCGCUGGUAAAGGCAGGGCAUUCACGUGGGGAAUCGCUAAAUGGUGUGGUAUCGGAACCCUCGCCUCCUACACCAACGCGAUGAUCAAGUUCCUCCAAUCCAAGGUGUCGAUUGCCUUCCGGACCCGAUUGACGCGAUACGUCCACGACCUCUAUUUGACAGACAAUAAUAACUAUUAUAAACUCAUGAAUAUGGACGGCGGGAUCGGCCAAGGGCCCGACCAGUUCAUCACCCAAGAUCUUACCUUGUUUUGCUCGGCUGCAGCCGCGUUAUACUCCUCGAUGGGUAAACCCAUGGUGGAUCUUUUUGUCUUCAACUAUCAGCUCUACCGCUCCCUUGGCCCUCUUGCUCUCAGUGGUAUCCUCGCAGGCUAUUUCAGUACGGCUGUCGUGCUUCGGAAACUGUCCCCGCCGUUUGGGAAGCUCAAGGCUGUCGAGGGUAAAAAGGAAGGCGACUUCCGCGGUCUACACUCUCGUCUAUUGGCCAAUGCAGAGGAGAUUUCGUUCUAUGGCGGCGCCGAUAUCGAACGUGUUUUCCUGGUUCGCAGUUUCAAAGACUUGCAACGAUGGAUGGAAGGCAUCUACAGCCUGAAAAUUCGAUACAACAUGCUUGAAGACAUGAUUCUCAAGUACUCCUGGUCCGCCUUUGGCUACCUAGUGACCUCCUUGCCGGUUUUCCUUCCCGCCUGGGGUGGCUCGGGUGGUGCCAUGGAGUUGGCCGAUAUGCCCGUGGAGGAGAAGAUGGGCCGGGAGCGUGGUCGCAUGAAGGAAUUCAUCACCAACAAGCGUUUAAUGCUCUCGUUGGCUGACGCAGGCGGUCGCAUGAUGUACAGCAUCAAGGAUAUCUCAGAGCUUGCCGGUUACACUUCUCGAGUCUACAAUCUCAUCUCUACACUUCAUCGUGUGCAUGCCACUGCCUAUUACCCACCGCGAGGCUCGCACCCGGAGCUUUAUUCUCUCGCCGAUGCCCAAGGUACCACUCACAAUGGGUUUGACGGAGUUCGCUUGGAGCAAGUGCCCAUCGUGGCUCCAUCUCUCUACCCAAUGGGCGGAGACGAACUCAUCGAAUCGCUAUCCUUUAUCGUCCACUCGGGAGAGCAUUUGCUCAUCUCGGGUCCCAAUGGCGUCGGCAAGUCUGCUAUCCCGCGUAUCGUGGCUGGAUUGUGGCCCGUUUACCGGGGUCUAGUCAGCCGACCGCGAGGAUUCGGACUAGACGGCAUCAUGUUCCUCCCCCAGCGACCGUACUUGAGCGUGGGAACUCUCCGUGACCAGGUCCUUUACCCUCACACAGAGGUCGACAUGCACGAAGCCGGUGAAACAGACGCUUCAUUACAGAAAGUUCUUGAUGAUGCCCACCUGGGCUAUCUACCCCAACGUGAGGGCGGCUGGGAUACCCGCAAAGAAUGGAAAGAUGUUCUCAGCGGUGGUGAGAAGCAGCGUGUUGCCAUGGCCCGACUAUUCUACCACGAGCCCCGAUACGCAUUCAUCGAUGAAGGAACAUCGGCCGUCUCUUCCGAUGUGGAAGGUGUACUUUACGAGCGGGCGAAGGAACGAGGUAUCACUUUGAUCACAAUCUCGACACGUGCCUCCCUGAAGAAAUACCAUACCUUUAACAUGACCCUCGGGCUCGGAGAGGAGGGCGAGCGCUGGGAAUUCGAGAGGAUCGGCACGGAGAAGGAGAAGCUCGGCGUUGAGAAGGAGAUCCAGGAGCUACGCAAACGUUUGGAUAAGGUGGAUGAGUGGAAGCUUCGUCGGGAAGAGAUCGAUAAGGAAUUGUCGAAGGUCUGGUCUAGCGAUGGUGAAAUUGCGCCGCCGCCUUACCAAGAGAAGGAUGUAGAACCAGAGCUGGAGACAGAGACAGAGUCGGUCUCGGAGGUACCUUCGGAGGUACCUUCGGAGGUACCCGCUGAAGGCACGGCUAACUGA